AUGGCUUCCUUUGGAUCGUACACACGUCUUCGUACACUGUCCAGAUACCCACUCUUUUCUCUUUCUUCCACCAAUCCCUUUCGAAAAUUCCAAUAUGCCAGUUUCUCACACCAGAUACUUUCUCACAACCCAACAAAAUCAACGAGUUUACGGGGAAAUUCCAGAAGAAUAUCGUCGACAGCGUCGCGCCGCUUAGCUACCGUGGACGAUUCUAAUAUAGAUCCGCGGUUGAAGGAAGCGAGAUUUGAGGAUGUCACUGACGUUGUUAUUGUCGGUGGUGGGCCUUCCGGAUUGGCGGCUGCAAUUAGGCUUAAGCAGUUAGCGAAUGAGGAAGGAAAAGAAAUUAGGGUUGUAGUAGUGGAAAAAGGAGGUGAAAUUGUUAUCGAAACUCGUUCGCUUGACGAAUUGAUACCCAACUGGAAAGACCUAGGCGCUCCUCUUCUUCAACCAGCCUUAAAAGACCGCAUAGUGUUCCUCACCAAAUCUCUUUCCUUUCCUCUUCCCCAUCCGCCUGCAGUAAACAACAAGGGCAAUUAUAUAGUCAGUUUAAGUAAUUUCGUAAAAUGGCUUGGCGAACAGGCUGCCGAAGUAGGAGUCGAAGUCUACCCCGGUUUUGCUGCCAGCGAAGUGUUGUAUAAUGAAGAUGGCAGCGUAGCUGGAAUUGCUACUAACGAUGUUGGAUUAGAUAAGAAUUUUCGACCAAAGGAUACUUUCGAACGUGGGAUGGAGUUUAAAGCAAAAGUCACCUUAUUCGCCGAAGGGUGUCAUGGAUCAUUGACAAAAACUUUAAUUAACAAGUUUAAUCUGAGAGAAGGACGCGAUCCACAAACAUACGGGAUUGGGAUUAAAGAGGUAUGGGAGAUUGAUCCGGCUAAGCACGAGCCAGGGUUGGUUUUGCACACUGUCGGAUGGCCAUUGGACUAUAAGACGUACGGGGGAUCUUUCUUGUAUCAUAUGGAACAAAAUCGAGUGGCAAUUGGAUUCGUGAUUGCUUUGGACUAUCAGAAUCCUUAUUUACAUCCUUAUAAAGAAUUUCAGAGGUACAAGCACCAUCCACGUAUCAAAAAAUAUCUUGAAGGCGGAACUUGUAUAGCGUAUGGUGCUAGGGCACUGAACGAAGGAGGCGUGCAAUCGAUUCCCAAACUUGUUUUUCCUGGGGGAGCCCUAAUAGGUGAUACUGCAGGCUUUUUGAACGUGUUAAAAAUAAAGGGCACCCAUACGUCCAUGAAAUCCGGUAUGCUUGCAGCUGAAGCAACCUACAAGGCGUUAACAUCGGAAGGAUCGUCGAGUGACACACCGGUGUUAUUAACGGAAUAUGAAGAGUCGUUGAAGAAUUCGUGGGUGUGGAAAGAGUUACAUCAAGUAAGGAAUGUCAGACCGUCGUUCCACAAUCCAUUGGGUCUGUACGGAUUUUUGGCCUAUUCGGGAUUGGAUUCGUUUAUCCUCAAAGGAAGAGUACCGUGGACUUUCCAUCAUCAUCCAGAUUAUGCUGCAUUGAAACCUGCCAGCCAAUGCAAGCCAAUAGAAUAUCCAAAGCCUGAUGGCAAAAUUUCGUUCGAGUUGUUGGAGAAUCUUGCCAGGAGCGGGACAAAUCACACUGAAAAUCAGCCAGUCCACCUUCGCGUACGGGACAAGAAAAUACCCGUUGAAAGGAAUCUCAAGAUAUUUGGAGGACCAGAAGGUCGAUUUUGUCCAGCGGGUGUGUAUGAAUUCGUGGAUGAUGAAGCCAAUCCAGGAGAAAAACGACUACAAAUCAAUUCACAAAAUUGCGUGCAUUGCAAGACUUGUGACAUAAAAGACGUAUCACAAAACAUAGACUGGGUUACUCCUGAGGGUGGGAAUGGACCUGCAUAUUCGUAUACUUAG